GACGCACACGCACAGGUAUCACGUGAUCUUCCCCCAGAUCGCUCACGUAGCAAGGCGGCUAACGAGAUUUAGCCGACUGGUGCACCAUCGCAAAUCCCGACGGACGCACUCCGCGACGCUCAGCGACAAAUCCGACGUUUGUGUCACGUCUCGCUUGGAAUUGGACUUUAAAAGCGCGAUGCCAGAGCCGGCCGAGAUGAGCGGUCCCGAGGUGGCCAAGACACCGGGAGGAGGCGCUCCAGGGAAGGAGGGUAAGGAGCCAGUGGCCAACGGGCACGCGGGCGACAACAAUGACGCCAACCCUUUUGCUGAAUACAUGUGGAUGGAGAAUGAAGAGGAGUAUAACAGACAGGUGGAAGAGGAGCUGCUGGAGCAAGAGUUCUUGGACCGCUGCUUCCAAGAAAUGCUGGAAGAAGAAGACCAGCACUGGUUCAUCCCAUCGCGUGAUCUCAACAACCAGGGGGUGGAGCAACUGCAGCAGCAACUCAACGGCCUGUCCGUCAACGAACACCACAACAAUCUGGAGGAAGUGGCGAGGAAGAGCAUUUUGAAUCCCGAGGCAAAGGAGUUCGUCCCAGGGAAGAAAUACUAGGAGUCCCCCUCACCCCCGUGGAGCCUACACGCAGUCCUCACAUAUUCUCAAAGACUCUGGUGGCGAUGAGUGAGCACACUGAUUCUCAUACACACAUGAACACACACACACACACACUUGAAGAACCACUGUGUGGGGAGGCCCAGUCGGGGGGUGGGGGGAUGACUUUUUCAGUUUGUUUGUUUGUUUUUCCCUUUUUAUUUCCUGUUUGUUUCUUGUAAAAGGGGGCGGGGUGUAACAUGUCCAGCCCUUACGCGGGCACUAGUGCAUCGCUGUGAAUACACAGAGGCUCCACUAAGCACACGGACCCCCACGGAUGUCUCUUGAGAAUAAGAGGCAGCUACCAGAGUGAUGGCACACUCAACAACUUGAAUCCCCCGCUCCUCCCAAAGUGUAAAAAUAAAGUUGAAUUGACAUUAGGUGUAAAAUUGGGGUUUAAAAGCCAUGUGAUUGUAGGUUUCCAUACCAGUCAGGUGACUUCUACUUGUACUUCCGGGGGACUCCGUGGGCGUCUCGUCGCUCUGUUCAGCCAUCACGAGCCGAUCCGUUCACGCCUGCGACGCCGCGAGGAGCUCCUCGCGACAUGGCAGACAGCAAAAUGACGGGGUCAAAAUCCCGAUAUGUAUCCAGACUCGCAUCGAUUUUUGAAAUAGUUUCUCCUCCAGUUUGCGUUUUAUCCUCAUCUGAGGACGGCGACGUUUUGUGUCUACUGCUCGGUCCUGUAACGUAGGGAGGAGAUUUGUAGGGGUGUUUUGUCACCGUCACUGGCCGCCUGGUUUAAAAGCUGCGAGCCCCGCGUGGCCUCUUGUACGAUCUGUUUUGAAUGAGGAAGUUAUUCUCUCGAGCCUGUUACAUUGCAAGUCAUAGGAAGAAGCUGAAUAGGAAAAAAAGUGUUCUCAAGUUCUCAAGCUAUUUUUUUUUUUUUGUGUCUGCAUAAAUGUGACUAAGCGGUAAAAACAUUUCACUUUGAUAGUAUCAGUCAUGUCUCGAGUCAAAAAACUUCCUCACGCAGCAGAGCUAAUGGGAAUGUUCGCCAGGCGGAUUGUGCAACGUCGAGAUCAUUGAUGGUGAAUUUUGUUUUGAAGUAGUCGACAGAAGCCGUUAAAAAGUAAAGAGGUCCAAAGACACACAGAGUAUGAAUUUCAAUUAAAAUAACAAAUAAAGAUGCUAAAGACAA